UCUGCGAUGAGAUUCCUCACAGUCAUGUCUGGUACCUCAUAUUUCCCACUGCCCCCGUUGGCCUUGGCCCUGACGGUGGCGCUGGCCCUGGUCGUGACCGCGGGCCCGGCGUCCGGCGCGUCUCCAGCCAAGUCCCCGCGGCUAAUCGGCGGGCUGAUGGACGCGGACGUGAACGAGGAGGGCGUGCAGAGGGCGCUGGAUUUCGCGCUCAGCGAAUACAACAAGGCGAACAACGACGCCUACCACAGCCGCGCGGUGCAGGUGCUGCGCGCCCGCAAGCAGGUUGUUUCUGGGCUGAACUACUUCUUGGAUGUGGAGCUCGGUCGGACCACAUGUACCAAGUCCCAUCCCAACCUGGCCGACUGCCCCUUCUACGACCAGCCUCAGCUGAAGAAGAGAACCAUCUGUUCCUUCCACAUCUACACCGUGCCCUGGAUGGGCUCCAUCUCCAUGGUGAGGUCCAGCUGCCAGGACGCCUAGGAUCUUGCCAGAAAAGGCUCGGCCUUGCUGACCAGCUCCCUUCCUGUCUCGUCUCUCCACACCACUGCCCCCCGCCCCCAGAGCUAUUAAACCAUAGGUGGGUGACCCCCUUCUUAACAGAGCUCCCCCCAGUACACAGCUAAGUAGCUCUAACUUGUUUCCUGUUUCCAUCACUUUCCAAAUGCCUGGACGCAGAGUGUCCCUGCCCUCUCGCCCUCUCUCCCUCAAUAAAAACUAGCAUUGGUUCUGCCGUGA